UCAUUCCAGUUCGAGCAAGUCGCUUCUUCGGCAGGCCACGGGUGCAGAAGAUGCAAGUUUUUCAGCCUCCUCUUGUCAGGAAUGUUCGAGGCCUGCCCGGAACUCAGCCCCGAAAAUACACAUCUUAGAUGGAUUGGAGCGCAGUUUGCAUUAGAGGUCACGCCCCAAAACGGAAGUCCUCGACAUGUUCAAUUCUUUUAUCCCAGAGGCGCACAGAUGAGGGUUUUCGGCAUGCCUCCAUCAAGCUUGUUGACUGGAGAUACGUCUUCCUCCACGUCUUUCGAUAGAGCAUACAAAUUCAUAACACAAUGUGAAGCCGGCCAUCCAAGCUGUGGCUCUGGACGGAACGUGGCACUUCCCAAAAGACUCCUUCAUGUGACCGAAAUCACUAACUCAAGCGCUGAUAUGGGGAUAAAACUAGUCAUGACUGAAGGCAUGACUGGAACAUAUGCUUGCCUCUCUCACUGCUGGGGCGACCCGAGGCUGAUUCAUUCAAAAACAUUAACAACAACCAUCGAUGAUUAUUUUGACUUUAUUUCAUGGACAAUACUACCCAAGACAUUUCAAGAUGCCAUCAUUUUAUGCCGGAAGCUCGGCAUCGAAUACCUAUGGAUCGAUUCCCUUUGCAUCAUUCAGGAUUCUCGGAGUGAUUGGGAAGUGGAAUCUACCAAGAUGGGCGACAUAUACCGGAAUAGCUACAUCACUAUAGCUGCAUCGGCAUCGCCUGGCUCCUUUGGCGGAUGCUUCUCCAAAACUAGACCAGAUCACUGCAUCGCCAUAAAAGAGCCGGGAGUACCAGAUGUAUACGUCUGCAUUAGAGACUGCAACGGGGCCGGAAAGACCACUAGAAACAGGGAGGCCGCCUUCUUCAAGCACUUCCCAUUGUUCAGUCGUGCGUGGGUCUACCAAGAACGAAUGCUCUCUCGACGCCUUCUCUACUGCAAUAAAUCCGAGUUCCAAGUCGGAUGCCAGGAAUCGCUCCGAUGUGAAUGCGGCGCCGGCCUGAUAGCCCCCCAUUUCUCGCCCGCCCCGAGGGGGUUGAACGUUGCCAGCCUCAAGGGCGCGGCGAGUUUGAAGCCGGACGAGCAUGGCGGCGGUCUUGUCGGCCAAGAUUUUACGAGUCUUUUGUACCGGAACUGGAUGGAAGUCGUCGAGACAUAUGCAAAGCUCAAUCUGACCAAGGGAUCCGACAAGCUCCCUGCACUGUCCGCGACGGCCAGGAUUCUUGCUGAAAACAUGGGCGAUGGUUACCUGGCGGGCAUUUGGAGGAGUACAUUGAUGGAGGGCUUGCUCUGGUAUGUCAGAGCGCCGCUCUCAAAGCCUCGACCGAGAGGUGAAGACUGGAGAGCACCGUCUUGGUCAUGGGCCAGCAUCGAUUCACCCUCUGGGCUGGGCUUUAUCGCUCCUGCGACGAGAUUCUCGAAAUCAUUCGACGGCAAAAUCGAAGCCGCGGAAUGUGUCAUCGCUGGGCAAGAUGAUUUUGGCCAAGUGACCUCUGGCUUCAUCCGCCUCAAAGCAUCUCUGGGGCACACAUUCUGGCGCAUUCGCUGUCGAGGGUGCACUACUCCAGCCGGUAGGAAAGGCAAGGCGGGCCUUCCCCGCGCCGAUUACACUCUAUACACGAAUGAAACAUUUCCAUCGCCAGUAGAAGACUGGUCGCCUUGCGAGUUCACAGAGCCACGACUGGACGUGACGGGCGCAAGUCUUGGUUUCUUUGCUGACGCUCUGGUCGAUGAUAUGGCACGAUACGGCUUCUUCUCGUGCAUUGGUAAAGGAUCAUGCAAGCUGGCCCCAUGUCAUUUGUUAUAUGUACAUCGUUUUGAAGGGAGGGGUGGUGGAAUACGAAAGUCGAAGGCGGGCGAAAGGGGGAUCGAUGCAGAUGCCUUUCUGGUAUUGGCGGAAGUCAAGGGCCAACCUGACACUUUUGAGAGAGUAGGAUUGGUAACUAUAACACAUAGUACGCAGGCGAAGAGAGAAGAGUGGUUCAAGAGCGUCUGGCCUGGGAUCUUGACGCCAGAAAAAAUAAUCACACUCAUCUAG